AUGUCUCAAUCCAAAGGCGUCGCCCUCAUAACCGGUGCAGCACAAGGCAUUGGUCGUGCGAUAGCGGUCAGAUUAGCCCAAGACGGCUUUGACUUAGCGCUCAAUGAUCUCCCCGGGAAGAAAGAGGUACUGGAAGACUUCGCAACCGAACUUCGGCGAGGCGAAGGCUCAGAGAGCUCCUAUCGUCCUAGAACAUGCAUUGUGACUUGCGAUGUCAGUAAAGAGGACGAGGUGACGAACAUGAUUGAUACUGCAGUUGACGUUCUAGGGAGCUUGGACGUUAUGGUCGCAAAUGCUGGAAUCAGUGCCAUGGUAGAUAUCUUAAAUGAAACUCUAGAAGGCUGGGACCGCAUGAUGAGAAUCAAUGCCACCUCUGCAUUCCUGUGCUAUAAAUACGCCGCAAUCCAGAUGGUGAAACAGGGACGUGGCGGUCGCAUUAUCGGUGCCAGCUCCAUGGUAGGAAUACAAGCCACGUCCCCCUUGAUGUCGUACAGUGCAAGUAAAUUUGCUGUCAGAGGCAUAACGCAAGCGGCUGCUCUGCAACUUGGACAAUACAAAAUUACGGUCAACUCCUAUGCUCCAGGAAUUAUAGCAACGCCCAUGGUCGUUGCGUCGAAGUCUCAAAUUGUAAAGCGAGGCGACAAGGUCGACUACUUCCAAAAGACGAUUGACACCUCUGCAGUCGGAUAUGUCGGACAGCCGGAAGAUGUUGCCAGCGUUGUUGCAUACCUCGCUUCCAAGGAGGCCCAUUUCGUCACAGGCAAGUUUCCCUUUCCGCAAGGGUUGUAUCUGAACUAA